CUGUGUGCUGUUAACCCUGCUCUUUCCUCUUGCAGGAGCAGACUCAAUGCUUCACGGGAAAUAGCCCCAGUAACCCUCCCGAACUGCCGGCUCAUUAAAGGGAUCGAAACUGGUUCAGAAGACAUUGACAUACUUCCCAAUGGACUGGCUUUCAUCAGCUCCGGCUUGAAAUAUCCAGGAAUAAAAAGCCUUGCACCAGACAAGCCAGGUGAAAUAUUUUUGAUGGAUUUGAAUGAAGACAAUCCCAGAGCAGUAGAACUGAGAAUCAGCCGAGGGUUUGAUGUGGCGUCGUUUAACCCUCACGGAAUCAGCACCUAUGUAGACAGAGACGACACCGUGUACCUCUUUGUUGUGAACCAUCCCCAUCAGAAGAGCACAGUAGAAUUGUUUAAAUUUGUAGAAGAUGACAAUUCUCUUGUACACCUGAAAACCAUUCAACAUGACCUUCUGACAAGUGUGAAUGAUAUAGUAGCUAUGGGACCAGACAGCUUCUAUGCUACCAAUGACCACUACUUCUCUGACUUUGUCUUAAUGUUCUUGGAGAUGUUCUUGGGUUUAACUUGGUCAAAUGUUGUUUACUACAGUCCAAAAGAAGUUAAAGAAGUAGCAGCUGGGUUUUAUUCAGCCAAUGGAAUUAACAUUUCACUCGACAAAAAGUACAUCUAUGUUGCAGAUAUAUUUGAUCAUAAUGUCCAUGUUAUGGAAAAACAUGCUAAUUGGAAUUUAACUCAUGUGAAGACACUGCAGCUGGACACUCUGAUUGAUAACUUGUCUAUUGAUCCUCACACUGGAGACAUCUGGAUAGGAUGUCAUCCCAAUGGGAUGAAGCUAUUCUACGACGAUCCUGAAAAUCUGCCUGCCUCUGAGGUCCUGCGCAUCCAGAACAUCCUCUCGGAGGAGCCCACGGUGACGCGCGUCUACGCCGACAACGGCUCUGUGCUGCAGGGAACCUCAGUGGCAUCCAUCUACGAGGGAAAACUGCUCAUCGGCACAGUCUUCCACAGAGCUCUCUACUGUGAGCUAUAGCUUGUCGCGGGUAAGAUUUGCUGCAGUGGAAAGGAUUUAAUUCCUUGGGAGCUCACUUAGUUUCUUCUAGAUUUGCUAACAAGACUGUUCCAAUAAAGGUUAACUAGUGUCAUGGAAAUGUGUUCUAGCCUUCCUCUCCAAAAUGAGAGUUCUACGUAAUAGUAAAGGAAAUGGAAUUGAAGAUGAGAAAUGAAUUUGUAUAUGUAAUGAGGAGGACCUCCAUUAUAAAGGGUAACAAAGGGUAACCUUGAAGUUCAAAUUCAGAUUACAAAUGACUAAACUGUCAGACAUUGAAUUAUCAGUUGCGACUAGAUUUCUGUUGUGUUUUUUUUUUUUUUUCCCCCCAGAGAAAACUGAUUUUGUAAAUGAGAGUUGCUAACUACCAGUGUGGUGUGCUUUCUUGUCACUGACCCCUGGGCUUUCCCAGGGACUGUGCUAAGGGUUUUUUUUCUGAAUGUUCCUGUUGGCUUUUACUAAUGCUGCAAAAAUAACUGGAAGGAGAAUAAAUGUUAUUUCGGUCCCA